ACCCCUCGCCAGUCUGGCGAAGAAUGCCGCCGGUGCGGCAGCCGUGCUGGCUGCAAGCUGACGCCGGGAGCCGACGACUCGUCGUGCCUACGUCGUUGCGGCGCCGCCACCGCCGUGUUCUGCGUUCGUAAACACUGUCGGGCACCGAGGAUGUGCUGUUCGACCCACACAUCGCCUCGGAGGAUCGUCUCCGACAACGUGGCCCGCCGGUUGCCGUUCGCCUCAGCGCUAACCGGCACUGCUGCGCCUGCAGACAAGCUACUACUACAGCUGCUAAGUUCGAAGGGGUUGUUUGGUUUCCUGGCGCGUCUGUAGGCCUAACCGGUUGACGGAAUCCUGACUGCGUGUGUGGCAAGCGUUGACGCUGGUGUUUUGUUUCGCUCCGCUGCUUAUCUGUACUUGUCCGAUCAUCCUGACCAGGGCGAGUGUUCUGUAGGGAAGUGCCUGGCAGUUCGGUGCACACGGUGCAUCGCUGCGCGUGCGUGUGGAGGAGAAAUAUUGGCCUCUUGGCGCGCAGGGACCAGACGCGGAUGCUGACGUUUUCGAGCAGCAACUUGGUCACCCGCAUGUCUGCCCGCAAGACGGAUUUCUUCGAAAAGCGGUCGCAACAAGAAGGUUCGUCGCUCUGGUGGUGUCAACAACGGCGCGUGCGUUUGGAUGCCAAGUGCGUGUUUUUCGUGAAGUGUCGUUCCCUCGUUUGGAGCUUUCCACUCGCCGGUCCCUCUCGUUCAAGUUUAGGAUAACGUUCUUUUCUUUUUUCCUACGCCCAGAUCUCUUCGUGUCAGAUGACAAGUUCGAGUGCUAUUUGUCUUGACAGACGCAUGCAUCGUGACACGAAUUUGCCGUUUGUACGCAAAAGUCGCUCAGCCGCGGCGACAGAAAUCGAAGCGACGACCCUCGCGACUUGUGACGGAUGACGACAGUGUGAGAAGCAGUGCGUACUUUAUUUCUAAUUGGGGCGACGAAAACGUCCACAGUGCCCUGCACUCGAAAUGACUCCACUGCGGCUUCUCGUCGUCGUGCCUCUGUUGGCCAUGCUCAUCCCACUGGCCGCUUCGCAGAACGUCUGUGCAUACUCACGCCAAUCUUCGGUGCGCCUGCAACCAUCUAAGGCAGACACCGACGGGCACAAAGACCAGGAAUCUGCCAACCAGGAUGACCACGAUGCCAGGCGGAGCAGCGGUGAUGAGCAUCAGCGACAUCGGCAGCAGCAGAAACAGCAGCAGCAGGCUCAGCAGUACCAAGACCACGAGCAAAAUCUGGCAACAGGGGAACUCCUGGACUCGAACACGACCGAGCGUUGCCCACGAGGCUCCAGCUUCUGCUACACACUCUGGCAGGAAGAUCCUACAAACAAGACGACACAGAUUAUCCUCACUCAAGGUUGCUGGGGCUCAUCAGGUGAAGUGGACUGCAAGUCCUCCAGCUGCAUUUCCACCAAGAAGCCUUCCAAGGCCUUGAACAACACCAAGUUCUGUUGCUGCCUAGGAGAUUUCUGCAACGUCAAUGUCACUGAUGGUUACAUUCCAACUGAUGAUGACAGCACAGAAACAUAUCCCGAGCAGUAUCGUGCCGAGCCGGGAGGCCAGACAGUGGUGCUGGUGAUAGUGGGGUGCCUGCUGCUCCUAGCAACCAUGGUCGGCCUGGUAGUGUUCUACUGGCGUUGCUUGUCACCAAAGCCCAAGCCCGGCCUUGACUCGGCACACCUCAUGGAGGCACCCCAGCUGCAGUCACCCAUGCUGGAUCUGGACAGCCUCAAAAUACAGGAAACCAUAGGAAAAGGCCGGUAUGGCUGCGUUUGCAAAGGCUCCCUGAAUGACUGCACGGUGGCUGUGAAGAUCUUUGCGCAGCACCACCACCACUACUAUGCCAACGAGAAGGACAUAUACAAGCUCUUUCACGGUGACCUUCCAUUCCUUCCGAGGCUGAUAGGUGCUGAUGAGCGUACAUAUCCUGACGGGAGGCGUGAGUGGAUGCUGGUGCUGACACAUGUCUCCAAGGGUUGCCUGCAGGAGCAGCUGCGCAAGACCACUGUAGACUGGUCCGGCUUAUGUCGGAUGGCCCAGUCCAUCACCAGAGCACUGGCCUACCUACACACCGAAGAAGCCAACAAGCCCUGCAUAGCCCACCGUGAUCUCACUUCGCAGAAUAUCUUGGUUAAGGAUGAUGGCAGCUGCAUGCUGUGUGAUUUCGGCUUUGCCAUUCGAAUUUCUGGUUCCAAGUACAUUCAGAAUGGUGAAGAACAGCAUGCAGAGACCAACUCACUUGCUGAUGUUGGAACGCUAAGGUACAUGGCGCCAGAAGUGCUCGAAGGAGCAGUCAACUUGCGGGACUGCGAAUCUUCACUCAAGCAGGUUGAUGUCUACGCACUUGGCCUGGUCCUUUGGGAAAUAGCCACCCGCUGCUCUGACCUCUAUCAAGGAAUGAGCGUGCCAGACUACAAGAUGCCAUUUGAGGCCGAAGUUGGGGCCUACCCUAGCACUGACCAAAUGCAAGUGCUGGUUGCCAGGCACAAAGCACGGCCACUUUUCCCUGACAUAUGGAAAGACAGCAACCCGGCUGUUCGCGCACUCAAAGAGACAAUAGAAGACUGUUGGGACCAUGACGCCGAAGCCCGGCUGACGGCAGUUUGUGUGGAGGAGCGUCUCACUGAACUUCCUGUGUUAUGGGAAAGACACAAAGCUGGCCUUAGUGUGGCAGGAGUGAGCCCAACGAUCAACGCCACUUGGCCUCAACAGCCGCGGGGACCUCCGUUGUGCCUUCUCGGGGGCAGCGCAGGCCUCUCCGUGUCCGUGGCUAUGCAGAGGGACGUGGAGCGCAGCGAGACCACCACCGAGACGCUUCUCUCGCCCAGCCUCUCGUCAGACGGUGGAGGCGGACAGCCCAAGAACAGCAUCACAAACAAUGUGGUGCACCUUCCCAGCAUGCAACUGCAACCGCACCAGGGCAGGAACCCGUGUCUCGAGCGGAACCUCAUGAUGGAGCCUGCAGAGGAGGUGGCCAUCAGCGGAAACACACUGCUUGAACAGGACCCAGUUGGGCGAAGCAAAGGGCUGCCCCCUUACACCCAACUCAAUGAGAUGUCCACAACACCCAUCACUGCCACAGCCGAAGACAACAGCGUAGCACUAGCACUUGGAGACCUGCUGGGAGGGUCUACGCGCACCUGCCACCCAAUCCCCUAUGUGCAAAACGCGGUGCACGUAUCCACUGUCAUACCCAAGCAGCCCAACCUACCAGGAAAUGGGCACAAACUACAGCCAACUGCCAAGAAGCCUUCCGAGAGACAGAAUCACCAUCCGUUUGUAAACAUAUUCCGGAAAAGCAGCACCAAGGCCUCCAACAGUGCCAGCAAUGUCGAGAGCAGGCCACAGCGGCGUGGUCUGCGAGGUCUGUUUGGCCGCCGGUCGUGGGACAGUAAUGGCCAGACGGCAACGGUGACUGUUCGCAAAGACCAGGGCGCAGUGCGCUCCGACUUAGUGAAUGCCGCUGGCUGGGCGGACAAGCUACCGGUGAACACAGAGGUGCAGAUGAUGGUGGACAGGGCCUGCCGGGUCAGGCCUGUGUCUGCAGACGCUGAGACGUCUCCGCUCCUUCAGAGCAAGGACAUCAACGACAACUGCAGAGCGGGUGAGGAGGAGGGCAGGCUCCCGCGACCCACCACGUUGCCUCUGCGGGCGUACCUGCAGCCCAAGGGUGCCGCUACAGCAGACUUAAACUGUGCCACUGACCACCGACCGCCGUCACCGGUGCGGACAGGCGGCGAGCAGCAGGCUAAGCCAAUACCGCAGCAGCAGCAACAGACGUGCAAUAGGGAGGCCUGACAGUCCGUGUUGUAGUUCCCUCGCUUCGUUGUAAAAAUCAUGCAUGAUAUUCAAUCGCAUCUCAACAGAGCUCCAUUGAAUGCGAUGGGAAUUAGACAGACGAAAUUUCUCUGAUGGCUUCUGCAAGGGCUUCAUCACUUCAUCUGCUGAUACUGUUGGACUUGCCCUAUGGCCUAGCCUUGGGGUUGCACCCACAGUGGUCGUAAUGCACUUGUUGAUUGUGAGCAGCUUUUCCUUUUCCCUUGUGGUUGAGAGUGCCUUUUUUUUUUUCAUGUUGAUUUGCAGUGGGAUCAAAUGUCCUGGUAGACUACGAGGCAAAUCUGUUGGGUCUCAGCUGUAAAAUGCAGAUUCUUGCUGCACCAACUCAUCUUAAUUAUUUUGUGAAGAUACUGCAAGAUCCCAAGUGUAAUAUAAGAAUGUAUCUUCCAUAAUUAUGGCACAUUAAGUUUGGCUCUGAUAUUGUAUCCCUGUGCAUACCUGCCAACCUGUAAACACGAAAAAAAAUUCAGUUUGUAUGCAUGUGGUAGGAUAGCAUUGGCAUGCACCCUUAGAUGCAGCACACAUCAACAACUUACAACAAAAAAUACUGGUAAGCAUAUUAAUGCAACAUUUUUAGAUAAUGGUAACAAUGCACUGAAGUUCACUUGCUUAAGGAACUUUCCUGAAUACUUGAUUUGCUUGAGUCAAGUGCUAACUGAUUUUUGAUGGUAUCUUACACUGCCGCUAGAGGUUGGCAUAAGUACCAUCACAUUUUCAUUUUCAUCUCUCUUCUCGUGCAAUCUGGAGCCUAUAAUAUUGUUGUAAACAGAAUUUAUUUUUCAUAAAACUUAUUGCAACAUUUGUAAGAUGAUGCAACGAGCCCAAAUUCAUAAACUUUCAAUAAAUUCAGUAAUUUUGGCAGGUAUGCAGUGUUUUUGGGGUUGUAAGCCUUUUUUUAGUCUCGCACAUAAUCACACAAAGCACUCUUGUGGUGCCAUUUUGUACGUAUUCUUAAAGCGAACGGAGGCGGUCUGUUACAUCCAGCCGCAUGCGAUUGGUCAAUGCAAGGCCGCGACGUCUGUCGCGGUUCACAUUGGCCAUUCGCGUGCGGCUGGAUGUAACGCCACGCCUCCGUGCUUAUUUCGAAUGCGUACAAGAUCGGGCCACUGAUCAGGUUGCAUAAAGGUAAACCUUUCUAUUUCAUUUUUACAGCUCCAAAAUUUUUUCUUGCAUUAUAUCUGGGCUUAUAUUAUGUAUGAGUUUUUACAGCACACUCUCAAAUGCUGGGAAAUGAAGGGUUGUUCUUAAAGGGGUCCUGAAACACUUUCCCAAGCAAUCAUUGAAUGACCUUACUAGCAGAGUUUAUGGCCUCACAAAUCGAUUGCUGCAAAAAAUUUUUCAUAUCCAUCAAGAACAAGUGGAGUUCUUGAUGGAUUUGAAGCUGCCGACAUAGGGCCAAUGCCGGACGCUUUAAAGAGAUGAUGGGCCUCUGUUGGAAGAGAGGGCGCUUGAGAAAGUGGCAACUUUGCACUCCACUUAUAAACUCAACGUGCCAUGCUUGGUUACAGAAAUUUGUCUGUGUUGUUCAUAGCAGUGUUUUCUGUUCGUAGAAUGUGUUCUUCCACCAAGAGUUGGUUCAGGACCCUUUUAAUCAGCAGCGUUAUUGGCCAGAAAUGCAUGAAAAAAAAUUGUUGCUCCUGAAGUUGCAGAAAAUAUUUGUCGGAUGUAUUGUACGUACGUAUUCAGUGUAUAUCCUCUUCUUUUUUACAGCACUGGAACCAAAUUUUUACCGCAGCACACUGUCCUAAUUUAUCCAUUUCUUGUCUAAGUUCAUAUAGAUCUAGUUGGACUUGUUGCACUGCAGUACAAUUUUUUACAGAGUUGAUAUUGUUUUGGCCAAUUAUAUUUACAUUUUCUGAGCAUGAACAGUGCAACCGUAGUGUUAACGUGAUUCAGCUUAUUGUGGCUCAUUCAGUGACUGACUGUUAUAUGUAAUUAAUGCAUGCUGAAAAUAAUGAAAUAAUCAGAUCCCCAGGCCUUAGCUGUAUCAGGGGUAUUAGGAGCAAGCAUUCCUAAGGUGCCACUGAUUUGACAAAGUAAAACUACAGACAUUGAUCCGCCCAAGGGUCGCAGCGAAGUUUUAUUAUCUCAGAGAAAACAAAAACAACCAAACAAACAAACAUUACUGAAUUACUGAGAACGGUGCAAUGGCCUUUUCCUUUUGACCGGUGAGCACUCGCUUUCUUUACUUUUAUGUUUUAACAUUAUUGAUGGUUGAUCUGAGGUAAGUUAUUUGAAGAGUGCCGAGGAGCAAUGGUAAAUUAUUUUAUACUAGUCUUGCACACAAUAGAGUUUAUUGGCACAGAGCUUGCUAUUUACGCUUAUGCUGGUUUAGAGUGUGGCAUCACCUCAAUGAAGCAGCUUUUGCAGAGCUAUUGCUGGACGAGAAAACUAAGGGUUCUUUGGCGCAUUCGUAAAAAAGGACUACAUAAAAAAAGGAGCAAAGACAAAGGAGAGUAAUUGAAUUGAGUUGUUUGGGACAGACAUCAUCAUAUUUAUGGAAUUGAGCAGUUUUUUGAACAAUGUGAACUCAAAGGUCAGCUAAACAGCAGAGUGCUUGACUUGCUACGUUAAGGCAUCACUGAAUGAACGGUUAAUUUGAGCCAAACUGCAGCCCCUUCAUCUCCAGGCAUAAAGGCCAUGCACUCAUAUGUUCUCGCUGAAGAUAACUGUGCUAUCGCUAGUUGUGCUAGUUUGUAUAAAACUGUUAAAUGUAGGUAAUAUGUCUUAGAUGUCGGCACCGUUUCAAAAUGCUGCCAUCAUAGAGACGUAUUGUUGUUUCUUAUUUUGUGCUUUUGAGUUCGAGACCUUUCUAUUGGCCAGCUACGACGAAAUUUCUGACCGUGUUCAAAGCCUACUUUCAGCAGGUAGUGUAGAUAUCAAGCGGUCCUACUGCAAAAUAUUAAGUUUGGAUUACAAGUGAAUGUGUUAUGAAAAGCUACAGAAAUAAGCAUUUCCGAUGUUGAAAGUGAAACAAAGGAUCAUUGUCGGUACCACUUUGCCAUAAAAGAUGCAGUACUCAGAAUAUUGGGAAGCAGCGCGGCAUCUGCCAGACAUGGAACUCAGAGAUUAGGUGGCGCACAUGGCACGCUAGGAAUCUCGGGGGCCAUAGUCUGAAACUUUUGCUAAUCACCAGGCGCGUAUGUCAUCCGCUUAGGUGUUACGUAGAAUGGGUCAAUUACUGGUGCCUGCAGCGUUACCAAAAUUGCUUUGGUUAGGAUAUGCUACUGCUCAUCCAUAACCAAUUUCACCAACUUUAGAUUUCGCAGUGGUUGACCUUUAAAUAUUGAGUGGCUACUUCCGAGUGCAAGUCAAUUUGCGGCCACGUUGGUAGCACAAAAAGUGGGGCCCGUGUAGAACACAUUGCAAGGCCUACUCAAGUGAGCUCAACCUUUUUUUCUUGUGUAAUUAUGUACGGCUGGCUGCUGCAAUGUUUAAGCGCACUGCCACUCUCCAUGAGGAGUGCACGUCUCCUGCUUUGUCUGCAGAUCAGAUAAAUUCCCGGGGAAUGGCGCAGAGAGUGAUCAGUGCUUCUGCUGCGUUUUCUGCUGUUACCAUUGUCCUUCCAUCAUCACUGUCAUAGUACACCACUCCUUCACACAUCAUUCUGAAAUGUAGAACACCACGCUAGCUUUCGCUGUCGGUCGCUUUGGAUAUGUAGUUGUGCUAGAAUGUACAAUCACUGGCCAAGUGUUUCUGCUGUGCCGUACUCGUUUCAUUCCUGCCAUGUGUAGACCUUUCCCCAUAAUACGUACUUAGGCAAAGGGAUGGAAAAAAAAAUUAUCUUUGCAUCCAAGUACAGCUGCAAGCAAAGGACCCAGGUGUAAAGUCAUGUGGCUGCGCGCACCUGUACAGUAGGCUGGACCUUGUCUAAAAAACCAGGAUAGCGAUUAAGUUGGCAUAUCGAUAUGCUUGAAGACAUGAAGUUUCUGAAGGCAUUGCUUUUGCAGUUGAAUUCAGUGUGGAAAUAUACGCACAUUUAGUGUAGUUAUAAUAGCAAGCAGUGCUUCAUGUGCCUAAGAUGACAGUACGAUGAUUUGGCAUGGCAUGCAAUGAAGAAACGAUAUGUCAUGCAAGUUGUCUGCACAUAACUUUCUAAGGGGGAGAAAUGUAAUGUUUGAAAAAGAACAUUUUAUUUUUAGUUUGGUAGGGCACACCCAAGUUAUGUGUGUCUGUAGAUCUUCCUAUCACCUUAAUUUAACGAGGACAGUUUUAAAUUAGGACCCAUUUAAUUGCUGCCACCUUGUGCUUUAUAUGCUAAUUUUGCGACUGUACUCCCUGAUGCAUUGUUUGGUGAUCAUUUUGGAAGUACCGAAAAGAGUCUUUAACAGGCACAUUUGGCAGUCAUUGAUUGAAGCACCAUUGCAGCAAGAAAAAGCAGCACAGGAUUUUGAACGGGUUGUACAGUAGCCCAAUCUAAUAUGGUCUCUGUCUUGCACCAUGAAACCCUGUUGCUUACAGAGAAAGCGCAAGUGAGGCGACUCCAGCAGAAUUAUGAAGUUUCCUUCUGCAACUCAGGAAAUUGUUGAAAACGUUGCCACCGUAGUGAAAUGUAGACUAGAAAAUACCCGUGAUUAAACCCUAGUACAGGGGGUGACUGCACAACACUGCGAGCCAACUGCGUGCAUUUUUUUUUUUUUUCUGUCCUAUUCAUACUCUGCACUAUGAAGAUCACCCUUAGUUUGCGUACUUCAGGCCAGAAGCUCAUUUCAUUUUAGGAAUCUCCCCAGCUAGUUAGCACAAGCAUACAUAAUGACAUAGCAUGUUUAUGUGCAGACACUGACUAUUCUUGCUGGGUUGUGCGUGAUACCUAUACUCUUCGUCAUUCUGAGCAGGGAAGGUUCCUACUUUCGGCCUGAAAGGAGCUGUCUAAGUUGCCCGUGAUCAAAAGUGAUCUCUGCAUCUACAGGGCGCUUUCCUGGUCAUGUCACCACUGCUACACUCUAUGUCCUGUGCUAGUUUGUAAACACUCUGAAGAGCCAAUGUUUGUCACCGACACAACCCAGGAAGCAGUUCCUCAUUGGCGUUUCGGUAGUGAUGGCAGUGGCAUCCGUGUUUUUCGUCGUGUAAAUAGUUGUGUAAUGCUGAAAAGAAAAAGCGGUGUUAAAAAGAAUGCCCUUGGUUCUCAAAUCUUCCUGAAUGGACACACGAGAGGGAACAGUUGAUCUAUGACAGGAAGAAAGUCUUGAAGCUGUGAUAACUGUGCUGAGGUUUUUGUUUUGUGAAACGAAUUACCAACAAGAGAUCAUGUGUAGUGAGAGAGUUGUGAGUGGAAUGCCGUCUGUACUGCUAAUGAAAGGUGGUUGGCACCAGCCAUAUUUGGAAGACAUCUUGCCAACACAUGUUGGCCGGAGUGUCCUUCUUGGCACUAUGUCAUUGAAACAUGGUACUGCUGUACAGAGGGUUUGCCUUAUGGAAAGCAUGUGUGUAUGUUUGUGCGUGUGUAUAGACCAAGGGUACUGCUACAGUCAUGGUUGUCACUGGAGUUGUGCCGUCUUUAGCACAAACCAGCCUAAAGUGCAGGAAAAUGGCAGUGCUGCCUCUUGCUUCUUCCUGCCCCUUUAUUAAAUUAGAGGCAGGGAGAUCCGAGUGAACUGGUGGCAUCGCUGCAGCGAAUUAGUGAAUGAAUGCCUUGAAAACAUACACAUCAUAACCACCAACGUAUGACAUGCAAGGUGCACAAAUGCUCUUCUUGUUGCAUGCUCACACCUUGUGGAUGUACCUUCAAGCAGUGCUCUUCAAGUCAAGUGCUCUAUGUUGAGUGUUGGGCAAGAAGAAACAGGAAAAUGGAAACAUGCACGACUUUGUGUGUGCAGAAAGAUUUUUAAAGCCAUGCCUGCAAGAGCUGGAAUCCUUUUUGACGUUAAGGUGCUGUCAAUGGUUGGGACUGAUGGCAAUGCGUGAAGUGAUCUUGCCGGUGCUCUGUAACUUUUUGCAAGCUAGAUUUUUUUUUUCAUGUCUCUUGUUUUCUAUAAGUGCUCAUAAUGCAUGUGAGUUUGUAAGUCAUUUGUUUUGGCCUAUGACUGGUAAAUGCAUUCUACUAGACAAUAUCGUACUUCUUGGAAGGUUGGAAUAUUACUGCCGAUGCAAUUCAUAGCAUGGUGUGUAGGAAUGGGAAAGACAUUUCUGACAUUCAAAGGCAUAAAGCUUUAACUCUCAUUAUGAAACACCACAUGUGUAAACGCAUCUGUGGAACUUAGAUAAUGAAGGUUUGUCUGGGUGAAUAAAUACUUUUUAGAUUACUGCAUAUGCAAAUAUGGUGACUACCAUUAAUGACUGUUAGAACAAGAAGUGUUACGAGCCUUACAGUUCCAUGGCUGAGUGUAAAAUAUAUUUAGAGAUACGUGGUUUUGAAAAAGAAAAGAUGAGAACACAGUAAUGAAGCAUGGACACAGGCACCACAUUUUGCCUUUCGUACAAUUUGCAGCCCUCCCCGUAGCCCCAUUGUUUAACUGCAACACGCUGGUUGGAUUGGCCAAAUAUAUGUGAGGUUUGCUGUUUGUAACAUUUUCUGUGGGUAAGGAAAAAAACUGACUACAAAUCAUCAUGCUCGCAGUUAUUGAUACACAGUAACUAAAGAAAUGUGAAAGCAUCCAGUAAGCAAAACUUGGUGCACAGACCUGCCUCUUGAUACAAUGUUCCAAAACCAUGCAUCUUAUCCACAUAUUUUUUGCAAUGUUGCCAAUAGCCACAUAUGAGCAAGUUAUUCAAUGUCCUGUCUUUCCUCUUGCUACACACUCUGUACAAAGAAACCAACAAGGAGUAAACCAAGAAGUUAUCAUUUUUAAUCAGCCUCGCAUUUUGGUGACAGAGGUGGUGAAAUUAGACCCUUGUUAUGAGCUAGCCUAGUUGAGUUAUUGUCUUACUCUCACAUCCCAUUCACUUUGCAAGUGUGCUGCAAUAGAACAUGUGGCAUUACAAUGCUCUGCUCAGGAGCCAAACCUUUCGUAGUUAGGUCCUUAGACUUUGUGAGUGAGAUCAUUCUGAAAGUGAUUCAGUGACUUCAAGUGGUGAAGACUGCAGCAAUACAAGUAAAACCCCACUUUCUCAUAGUACAAAGUGGUUGAAAGUGUCUCACUUGCUGGUAAAACUAGAUUAACAAUCAGACAGUUCCAGAAUGAAAUUGAAAUUAGUGAUGUGAGAGUUUUGUAAUACCAGUAGCAAACAGCUUUUUACUAAAACUAAAAAAAAAAUUUUUUUUCCAUGUCUUUUUGCUGUGUUAUGGAUAUGGCAGAGCGAUAGCAGCGUGCAGCAUUUGCUCACCAAGAAAUGAGAGAGAGAGAGAGAAGCCAUAGCACAAGUUCUUGCACCGUUAUAUGUGAUGAUCAUAUGUGUUCAGGGUAAGGCCAAGUGAUAGGGAGUGUAGCUUCCAAGCAAACACUACAACUAUGCGUGCCUACUUGUUGUAGCACCAAGUUGCCAUGGUGGCUGUGGUCCACAAGUGUGUGCCGGGGGGCUUUCAUGUUUUUGAGAGGCAGUGCAUUGAAAAGUUGAAUGUUUCUAGUUUUUUGUGAGCUUCAUAGACUAGACCAAAAUGAUAAGGGAGGGCAAGAAUGGAGUCAUUUUUAUGAUGCAAAUGUAGAUAGGAAAGUGGGCGAGAGAAACAAUCAAGUGUGUGUGCAUGCUUGCAAAAUGUGAUGGCAUUGUUUGUUGGCGAGAGAGAAAGGAGUUCGGUGUGUUGUUGUUUGUACCCCGUCUCAGAGACGAAUUCAGAAGCGAGAGAGUUUAUGUGUGCGCAGCAAGUUUCUCCGGUUGUCUGACGUCUUUAUGUAAACACCUUUGUUUUCACUUCUUCAGACUUAUUUUCGUUUCUUAUGUCUGACAGCAAUCUUUUUUAGCAACAUGCAGCAUGUAUUGGUUUGCCUUGUAUUGCAACUUCGAUGCUUUUAGCAACUGUGUUUGUUGCCAACAGUACGUGGAUGUUUGUCAAUGCAUUCAGCAAUCACCAAACAUUCAUCAGGUGGCCAAUUGAAUACUUGCUAUUGAACAGAGGGACUUAUUGGAAGCAUUGUUUUGCGUGCUUCUUCUUUUUUUUAAAGAUUUUUUAAAAGAGCUCCUCAAGUUAAUUUCCCGGUUAGUUUUUAUUUAUUUGUUGCUUCCUGUCAAAGUUAAGACAUGCUGGUGCUGCAUUUUUGAUCAAUAAAUUUUUUUU